CUCGAUCGAAGCGAAAGUUUCGCACUCAAGAUUUUUUAUAUCCAGCGCGCGUUAUUCUUUGCCGAAAGGAACGCUUUGUGUUUCUCACGACAUUCCCGUCGUGAAACCGCCACUUCCCCAAACGCGAAUGGUAUGAUGUUGAAAACGAAGAAGAUACUCAGCUCUGGUUCUAAGAGAAGUACGACUUGCCAGAAAAUCUGGCCGCUCUUGGUGCGCAGGAAGAAGAAGCUCAUGGAGCCCCGACUUACUGAAUUGCAUCCUGUGGACUCGCAGGGGGAACGACCAGUUCUUCGCAACGGCUUCCUCAGCGAGCACUCUUUGUCCACGAGCAACAAUGAUCCAGAGAGCUUCCAUUGCGCGAUAGCGCCUGUUUUAGUGCUGGCCCAAUUGUUCGGGAUCCUACCGGUGUCGGGAUUGCUCCAGCUGACUCCUUCCAAGCUGAGAUUCGCGAAAUUCUCACCUCGCACCGCUUACACCACCUUCAUAACGACGAUGGUGCUCGUAAUGGCGAUACUGUCGAAUAUUCACAUGAUAAGAACGCUAAACUCCACAACGUUCGAAGUGCAAGGGGGAAUCGCCGCUGCGACGGCGGGCGCGGUAUUUUACAGCAACAGCAUGAUAGGCUUGAUCAUAUUUUUCUGGCUGUCGCCGCGUUGGGUGAUUCUUCAACGCGACUGGAGGGUCAUGGAACAAUUCAUAGACAGCAAUAAAGCGACACGGCCGAAACUUCGCUGGAAGCUCUACGCGAUGAGCGUGACCAUCCUGCUCCUGGCCGUCAUCGAGCACGUCCUGAGCAUAGCGGUGAACUCUGAGAAGUACGAUUGGAGCGGUACAGCGAAUUCGACGUUUCAGAAUUUUCUCAACGUCUACUGCAACUCGUCCCACGCGUUUAUUCUAGAAACACUGAGAUACAACUUGGCGCUUGGUAUCUUCAUCUUUAUCGUCAGCAAACUGUCGACUUUCACGUGGAACUUCAUCGAUCUCUUUAUUAUGAUGGUAUCCACCGGCCUGGCCGAGAGGUAUAAAACGUUGAACAAGCAAGUCACGACUUCCGUGUCGAAGCAUCGAGCGAUAGACUGGAGUAGAGUUCGCGAGGAUUACGCCGCUCUCACUUGCAUGGUGAAAAAAGUGGACGCCGACAUCGCACCCAUAAUCCUCCUGUCCUUCGCCAACAACCUUUACUUCAUCUGCUUGCAGCUGCUCAACGGCUUGUCUCAGCCGGACGACAGUAGCCUCCUCAGCAAUAUCUACUUCUUCGGGUCCUUCGCAUUCUUGAUCGGCAGGACAAUUCUUGUCACUCUAUUCGCCUCCAGGGUCAACGAUCAAAGCAGAGUGGUGUUGCCGGCACUGUAUACCUGCUCAGCGUCCGCCUACAAUAUAGAGACUGAGAGGCUGAUGAUGCAAAUCACCACCGACGACGUCGCGCUCACGGGAAUGCGCUUCUUCUCCGUCACGCGGAAUUUCAUGUUAGCGGUGGCGGGUGCGAUUGUAACGUACGAAGUCGUAUUGCUGCAGUUCAACGUCUCGAUGAAGAAGUGAACACACAUCGAAAACA